UUUGUCAACGAAAUCAACACCCGACUUUUUCAGUUGACUGACAUACAGCACUGCGUAUCAAGUGCUUACCACCCACAAACAAAUGGCCUUGAUGAACGCUUCAACCAGACUCUAGUGAACACUCUCAAGAAGGUAAUCGAUUCUAGUACUGAUGACUGGGAUCAGCAUCUCUCUGCUGCUCUUUAUGCCUAUCGCAUAUCAAAACAGGCGUCAUCAAAGUACACACCCUUUUUCCUAAUGUUCAAUCGCCACCCGCGGAAAGCUGUUACUUUUGAUAUGGAUCAACGAGAUGGUGCUGACGCUAUAGAAGAUAGAGGAGAUGCUGACCAAUUGAGUGGAGAGGAGACUGAAAAUGAAGAAGACGGAGAAGACAUGGAUGGAAUUCUCCGAAGGUUGAUGGAAAUUCGUGACCGCUGUCACCUCAAUGCCAAGGAGAACAUUGCUGCUGCACAGCAAAAACAGAAGCAGCAGUAUGACAACAAGCAUAACUCUUUGAAGAGUUAUCCAGUUGGCAGCAGUGUCAUGCUAAAGAAUAUGGCCAAUUCUCAUCGAAUGGGAGGGAAAAUGGACUGCACCUGGAAAGGUCCAUAUAUUGUCCAUAAGAUCCUUGACAAGGGUAGAUACGAGUUGCAGUCUGGGAGCGGCAAAGUAUUGAAAAAGUGUUACAACGGGGUACUGCUAAAGGAAUACUACUCUCCAGAAACCAACGAUGAAGAAAACACUCUUCCUGGCUCUGAAGACAACCACUCUUCUCCAGUCAAAUCACCUCCUAAGAAUAAACGAAUGCCUGACGUACCCUCUCAAAAGCCUGAUAUACCCUCUCAAAAGCCUGAUGUACCCUCUCAAAAGCCUGAUAUACCCUCUCAAAAGCCUGAUGUACCCUUUCAAAAGCCUGACCUACCCUCUCAAAAGCCUGAUGUACCCUCUCAAAAGCCUGAUGUACCCUCUCAAAAACCUGACCUACCCUCUCAAAAGCCUGACCUACCCUCUCAAAAGCAAGAUAAGCGUGAUAAGCGUCCUCUUGACACAAAAGAUCCUUGCAAGUCACCUCCUAGGAAGAAACAAAAGAGUCAGGGAACGAUGUGGCUGAAGACCCUAGAUCUAAACCUCUUUGACAAACAAGUGUUGAGUGCAAUAGGUGGUAUGCUCUCCGACAAGCAUAUGCGUGCAGCCCACCAGUUAUUAUCGAUGCAAUUCCUUAAGUUUGAAGGCUGCUAUAAUACUCUCUUGGCCCAAUUAAAGGCAUUUCCACCAGUUUCCAAUAAUCAAGGCCCAGCUGUGCAAAUCUUCUUUGUUGAAGAACGACAGCACUGGAUUGCCACUUCUCUGUUUAAGGGUGAACUGUAUUUGUACGACAGCUGCUUCAAUGGAACGCUUUCCCCAAGUACUGAGCUCCAGAUAGCACAAGUGUAUAGCCCAUUAAUUCAAUGCAAUGGGCUGUUGAUUUCUGUGGUGGCUCUCCAGCAGCAAGAGGGUGCUAACAACUGCGGACUAUUUAGCAUUGCUGCUGCAUAUCACGCUGCUAUGAACGAUAAUGUGGAUUCUCUAGUGUUUGAUGAGGCCAAAAUGAGAGCACAUCUCAUUAAGUGCUUUGAGAAGGGCAAACUCUCACGGUUCCCUCGCACAAAGAAAGCGAUGCCCAAAAGACCAACACCACAAACCAUUGCCAUUACAAUAUACUGCAUGUGCAAGAGACCGGACUCUUUUGAGGAUAUGGUCAUGUGUGACAAAUGUAGUGAGUGGUAUCACUAUCGCUGUGCCAAAAUUCGCAAAGAACCAGUAGGUAAUUGGUUUUGUUCUGGUUGCAUCACUUUAUGAUUUGUGCACUUUUGGUUAUAUUUAUUGUACUUCUUUCUCUUGCAUUGUUGUAUAUAUUGAG